AUGGUCUUAUUUGACGUCCCCGGCUGGUCACUACCCUCCGCACCUUCCCUUCACGAGGCGUCAAAAAAACGCAAGCGCCCAACAAGUACUUCUAGCCAGUUGCUCUCCACGGAGAUUAAUAUAGAAAAAAUUGUCGAGCGCUUGAAGAAGACUACCAGGCCUGCCACCUCAAAGUCUUCAGCAAAAGAUCGCAUAUCAAGAUCCGGGAACAAAAGUAAAAGUGUCGAUAAGAAGAUCAUUUCACGUCCAAAGCCGCUGGCAAUUUCUGGAGAGAAAGGCGAAAGACCGGCGAAGAAACAGAAGAUUAAGCGUGAUGCUGGCGACGUACCGAAACCUGGCUCUACGCUCAGUGGUGAACAUGAAACUAAUCUGACGCCGCUUCAAAAAGACAUGAAGCGAAGCUUGGGGGGUGCUCGCUUCAGCAGAAUGAUAAACGAAGAUCUCUAUAAGUCGGAUAGCCGCACGGCGUAUUCUAUGAUGCAAAAAGAUCGAAGUGUAUAUGAGGAUGCAACACAGUAUCACGUUGGUUUCCGGCAUCAAGUACAAUCAUGGCCAACCAACCCCGUCGAAUACUACGUAACGAUGUUAGCUAGGUAUCCGCCCAAGACAGUCAUUGCCGACCUAGGGUGCGGCGAUGCAGCGCUAGCUCGUGCCCUGAUUCCGAAAGACUUGUCGGUCUUAUCAUUUGACCUGGUUUCUGACGGCGUCUAUGUUAUCGAGGCUGAUACUUGCAGUAAAAUUCCCCUCCCCGGGUCCGAAGGAGCUAUAACGGAGGAGUCAAAUGGCGAAGGGCAAAUUGUUGACGUCGUGGUUUGCGCCCUUAGCUUGAUGGGCACCAACUGGCCCAACUGUCUUCGAGAGGCGUGGAGAAUAUUGAAACCCCUAGGCGAGCUCAAAAUUGCCGAAGUUACUAGUCGGUUCACCGAUGUCGGAGACUUUCAAAGUCUUGUUAGUUCCAUCGGCUUCCGAUUAAGGUCGAAGAACAAUGACAACACACACUUCACCUUAUUUGAAUUCACAAAGUUGCCUCGGAAAGGAAAGGCCGAGAAAGAGUGGACGAAGAUUUUAUCAAAAGCGGGAACUCUAAAACCAUGUGAGUACAAACGGAGAUGA